AAUGUUAUAGUGCACAAAAGUGUCAGUUAUUCCGUGUUCCAGUGCCGUUUAGUUUUUUGCAUGAUUGACCGGCAUGGCGGCGACGGCCGAGACUCGCCGGCCAGCACGGAGCAGCUAACAAAAUGCGAAAAAGGCGCCGGCACGCCCGACUGCGUGGCGGCGGGCAGCCGGCUGCGCGGAAGCAUGGGCUCCCGGCCGCCAGCGAGAUUCUGGCCGCAGCUCUGGGCCACCACUGUCAGAAACCUGCUGCUGAAGAAGAGGGACACUAGGAAGACCUUGGCUGAGGUGCUAGUGCCACUAUACUCGCUGGGCGUUCUCAUAUUCCUGAAGAUGCUGGUACCGAACCCCAACUUCCCUGAAGUCACCAAACCUGGUCGGACGGUCCGAGUGCACUAUGACUCCUUUCCUGCCAACCAUUCAGUAGCUGUCGUCGCUGAUUGGCUGAAUGAUAAUGGGACUAUGGCAUUCCUCGAAGAGCUAAACGAGAUGCUGCUAGAGUCCCACCAGCAGCCGCUCCGAUGGGUACGAUAUAACAACACCACGGAGCUGAACGACGCCUACCACAGCGACGCCAAGAACUUCCCCAUCGCCGUCAUUUUCCACACCGACCCCACCAGCUUCGGGGAGCCACUUAGGUACACCAUCCGCACAAACCCCUCAAACUUCGGGACGCCCUCAACCCGAACCCUCUUCACAUCCGACGCAUUCUGCCGAGAGGCACCUCCGAAAGGCGACUGGUCAACAGACUGGUCGCGUGGCGGCCAGUUAAUCCCACUUUCUGAGAUGCAUAGUGAAGAUACCUGUCCGGUGCUGCAGUAUUAUUAUUCUGGGUUUCUGGCGCUGCAGACUUUGAUCGAUUUUACGAAGAUUAAGCUGGACACCGGUACACCCUUCCCCCCACCCCGAGUAGACCUCACCCAGUUCCCCAAACGCCAGCACACCGGCGACUGGCUGGUGAUCUUCCGAGUCAUCAUGCCCAUGUACAUGGUGAUGACGCUCAGCCAGUUCAUCACCUACCUGCUUAUGUUCGUCGUGGGAGAGAAAGAGAAGAAGAUUAGGGAGGGGAUGAGGAUUAUGGGACUGAAGGACUCUGUUUACUGGGCAUCAUGGUUCCUCAUCUAUGCAGUCUUCGUUACCAUCUUAUCAGUCUUCAGCACUGUUCUGCUAUUUGCCCUAAAGGUGUUCCAGCAUUCAUCGUACAUCCUGAUCUUUCUCCUGAUGCUGCUAUUUGGCUUCACGAUCAUCACUUUUGCCUUCAUGUUAACACCAUUCUUCGACAAAGCUAGGACUGCCGGUAUCCUGGGAAGCUUCGCAGUGAACCUGAUGAGCGGCCUCUACUUCAUACAAGUGUUUGUCCAGAACGCUGACUCCCUUGCUUUCUGGUUCGUCUCUCUCAUCAGCUCCAGUGCUUACGCGUUGGCUAUGGAUAAGGCGCUGGUUCUGGACAUGCAGGGGCAGGGUGUGACAUGGGAAAGCCUCUGGAGCGGGCCUGGCGUCCCCUUCGGCGGCAGUCUCAUCAUGAUGGCCGUGGAUACUGUUCUCUACGCCCUUAUCGCUUAUUGGCUUGAUGCUGUGAUGCCUAGUGAAUACGGUAUAAAGCAGAAGCCGUGGUUCUGCCUGCUGCCCUCCUACUGGCUCGGCAGCAGGCGCGGCCGAGUGUCCGCCGUGCACUUCCACUCUAACGGGGACACGCAGCAUAAUAAGGAUAUUGAGCCUGUGCCUAGAGAACUUCAAGAUAAAGAAGCAAUCCGUAUCGUCGGCCUCCAGAAAUCCUUCCGCCACUGCCGCCGACCAGAGAUCAAAGCCAUAGACAAUAUAGAGCUGAGCAUCUACGAAGGACAAAUCACAGCGGUUCUGGGGCACAACGGGGCGGGGAAAUCUACUCUGUUCAAUAUACUGACCGGGCUGACCGCUCCUACUGCUGGGACGGCGUAUGUUUAUGGACUGGAUGUUAGGGAUCCCAAUGACAUGCACGAGAUCCGGCAGAUGAUCGGCGUCUGUCCGCAGCAGGAUGUGCUGUUUGAUCUGCUGACUGUGCGGGAACAUCUCCAAUUCUUCGCUGCUAUCAAGGGUAUACCACGCAAGCGUCACAGUGAAGAGAUCAGCAAAGCUAUGGGUGACGUCGGUUUGACAGACCAGGCUAACGUGUUCUCCAAACAUCUGUCUGGGGGACAGAAGAGGAAGCUCAGCAUCGCUAUAGCUUGCAUAGGAGACCCCAAGAUAAUAAUCCUGGACGAGCCAACAGCCGGCGUGGAUCCCGUGUCUCGAAGACAAACAUGGCGGAUUCUGCAGCGCGCCAAAAAGGGGAAGGUCCUCCUUCUGACUACACACUUUAUGGACGAGGCGGACAUUUUGGGAGAUCGGAAGGCUGUUAUUAGUAAAGGAAGGGUGAGAUGUGCUGGCACAUCAUUAUUCCUUAAGAAUAAAUUCGGUAUUGGAUACCACCUUACACUAGUAUUAGAUGGAGCGUGCCGGGAGCACCAAAUAACGCGGCUGGUCCGCGGUCACGUGCCCCGGGCAGAAAAAGCUCGAAGACACGGUCGAGAGCUGUCCUACAUCCUUCCCCAUUACGCAGUUCAUCUGUUCCCACCUCUAUUCCUGGCUAUUGAGCAGGAAAUACGAGAAAAAACUAACAGAUUAGGAGUCACAAGUUAUGGUGUAUCCAUGACGACUCUAGAAGAGGUGUUCCUAAGUCUGGAAGGCGAGAACGCCGAAGAGAUUGAAGCAGUCGAAGGGGUGUCGUCAGUGAAGCUGGUCAGAGCUCGAGCCCUUUCGAGGAGUUUGUCGCUGCAGAGCAAGACGUUGAGUUACCAGGAAUUAAACGACAAGGACAACCAAAAGGCGACGUCCCUUCCAACGCAGGCAUCGCAUGCGCUACACUCAACCACGCACGGCGUGGAACAUGUCAAGGUGACCCCAGAAGCCCCAAUCUCAGUGGACACGUUGGGAGACGUGGUAAAAACUAACCCAUCUUGCUGGCGGACCUUCUGCGCGUUAGUGUACAUCCGGACUGUUCGGAUGAUCCGGGACCCGUACAAGCUGUAUGUCAUGAUCUUCAUGCCUAUCAUAUCAUGCGCUCUUGGUCUCUACAUCAAGUCGAAGCAGAUAGUAUUCUUCAGGAUGCAGCCAUUGAAAUUGGAUCCUUAUGCAUAUCAAAACAAGACUCCAAUCGCUUUAUUCAGCGAGCAAAAUAACACUAGAGACCUUCUGGAUUUGAGGAGUUCUUUAGAAGUUUUAGGAGCUUCACCAAUCGGAGGUUACGAUGGUAACUUCUCAAGCUUGCUAAAAAUGGAAAACCUGGGAGCCUUCAGCGUGCGAGACAGCGUGAUCCCGUACGGGAAAAUUACGGCCUACUACAACACCACCCUCACACACGGCCUGCCGAUCAUUAUCAAUCUGCUGGACAAUAGUAUAUUUCGAAUCCUAAUGCACACUUCCGGCCAGCCUGAAAACUUCAGACCAAUCGAAGUGUUCGCCCACCCAUUCCAACAAACAGAACAGCCAGAAGAGUUCAACCUGGGAAACUUGGUCUGCGCCAUCUUCAUGGGAAUGAUAUUCGCGCUGGUGCCUGUCACGCUGGCUGUGGACAUUGUAUAUGAUAGAGAGAUUAAAGCCAAGAAUCAAUUGCGCGUGAACGGACUGUCGAUGAGCAUGUACUUUCUCACGUACUUUACUAUCCUGAUCUUCAUUAUGAUUGUUACGAGCAUCGGCGUUCUGCUUUUGGUGAUCCUCAACGACAUUCCAAGCCUAACCAACGGCUCAGCGAUCACCAUGCUGUCCUUCCUGCUAGCUCUGUACGCACCGUCCGCCAUUUUGUUCAACACGUGCCUGUCAUACGUUGACAAGAUGGACUCCGCGCAGAGCAUCAUGCCCAACAUUACUACUUGGGUCGGCGUAGUGCCGUUUGUGCUGGUUGCCGUUGUUGAGAAGUUCACUAGAGGCAACGAUGUGGCGUUUUGGCUGCACUUCAUAUUCAGUUUCGUGAACGUGUUGUACAUACCGUACGCCAUCAUUUACUACGUUGAUAGGGUGUACGUGACAUGCAACCUUCGCGGCCUCUGCACCACACCAGCUCUAUGGAGCUACUUCACGGCUGAGGUGUGGGUUCUCAUCGUGGCCAUGAUCUUUCACGUGCCAGUCUGCGGGGCUGCGUUACUGGCAGCUGACAGACUCAAGUCUGGAGGACGGCUCUGCAAGAAAAGAGCCAGUGAACCCCAAGAGCCUCCCGACCCUGAAAUAGAAGCAGGAGGCGAAGCAGGGGAAGAUGAAGACGUGAGACGAGAGCGGCGGAGGGUCGCCGCCAUUUUGCAGAACAAGGGCAAAGCGGCGCCGGCACUGGUGGUGCAUAAUCUCCGCAAAGAGUUCAAAGUCCGCGGCACGGGCGAGGCCUCCUGCUGCGGCCCGAGCGACGUGCCGGCGCGCAAGGCGGGCGUGGCGCGCCUCAGCCUCGCUGUAGAAGGGGGGGAGGUGUUCGGUCUACUGGGACAUAAUGGGGCUGGAAAAACUACCACUAUGAAGAUCAUUACGGCUGAGACAAGACCGACAUGUGGCUCGGUGAUGCUGGGCGGCCAGAGCGUCUGCGACAAUGCGGCAUCAGCCUUUCAGGUCCUCGGUUACUGUCCGCAGCAUGACGCUCUGUGGAAAAACGUCACCAUACGCGAGCAUAUUGAAUGCUACGCAGCUAUCAGAGGCGUCAGCAAGUCUGACACACCCAAGAUAGUAGACGCAUACCUAAACGGUCUCCAAAUAAUGGAUCACGCGAACAAAAACGCCGAAGAAUGCUCAGGGGGGACGCGAAGGAAGCUCUCCUUCGCUUUAGCUAUGGUUGGGGGGCCCAGAGUGGUCCUGCUGGACGAACCUAGUACAGGCAUGGACCCCAGGUCCAAGCGGUUCUUAUGGAACACCAUCCUGGCCAGCUUCCAGGGUAAAAAGGGUGCUAUUCUCACAACACAUUCCAUGGAAGAGGCUGAUGCUUUAUGUUCUAGAGUUGGGAUUAUGGUUAAAGGUGGCCUUAGGUGUAUUGGUUCAACGCAACAUCUGAAGAAUUUGUACGGAGCGGGUUAUACGUUAGAAAUGAAAAUUGGACAGCCGUAUCAAAAAUCGGUGCUAGAGUCAGAGUCCUUAUCGCCUUCCCCACUGAGGUCGACGGAAAAUUCACCGUCUUUAGGAGAAGCUGAUGAAGGGAACUCGCGAACAGGGUCAAUGUGCCCCGAAGGAGCGGAAGCGGAGGCGGAGGCGGAAACCGUGGACGUCAGCAUACACACGCCGCUGGUGGCGGGCACGCCAAUGCGACACCAGACACACCAAAGGUAGGAUAUGAACUACCUAAUAUUAAAGAUGGCUUGCGAGAGUUGCAAGACACAAAUAGUCAGAACAUUCUGCGCGUCACAUUUUUGUUCUUGUUCAGUUUUUUAGGGUUCCGUACCAAAAAGGUACAAAAGGAACCCUUAUGGUACCGCUCUGUCCGUGUGUCUGUCUGUCACAUUACUAAUGAAUAUCUCGAGUACUACUCAUGCUAUCGAUAUGAAAUUCGGAAUAGUUAUGAACAUUA